AAAAAAUUUUUGCACAGUUCCGGCAGUUCUGUUGAGAGUUCCCGGUAGCCCCCGCAGAGUUCUAUCGAAAAUCCUAAUGGCAAAAGUCUGUGUGAUUAAUACUUUCGACUUUCCACGUGAAGAUAGAUCCACUCCACACCUUACACGGUUUGGGAAAGGUUUGAUCUAUUGAUUAUGAAGGGACGGUUAUAAAGCUGAGGUGGAGACCUUGACAAAAUAUGUCAAGGUCAAGGUUAUUUGCGGGUGGCUGACCUAAUCUAAAUAUUUACCAUAUUAUACUGUAAAGCUGUUUAUUUCAUAAAUAUGGUGCCUUCUCCAAUUCCUUUUAAUAAGUAAAAAAAAAUCAGAUCUCUUUCUGCAGAAAGUGUGAUCUUUUCCGCUCUGUGGGAAGAGCUGAUUUAAAACGAUGUCUGGAUUACAUAGCGGAUCAAAGGCAGAUUGCACUUUAUAUAACAUCAUUGGUUAUAUAAAGUAUAACUUCCAUAAUGCGAAAAAAUCGGUCUAUAACUAACAAUAAGAUAAAGUCGUUCGGUUUGCGACGCAGUAUAGUAACAUAUGUAAUUAUUGAAAAUAUAAGACGAAUCUAAUGGCGUCAGAUUCUUGCGAUGUCGAGAUCAAGAAACAAUAUGCCAACAAUCCAAAUGCUCAAUCUGAAGUAUCCCAGAGUUAUUCCACGAAACUGAAGAGCUGCAAAAGUGUUCAAGACGAACAGAUAUAUGACGAUGACGAGAAAAAUAUCAAAAUUCGUCAAAUUGUUAAGUAUCUAAAUGAUAUGUCCUACACACAGUCAUUCUUUCAAGACUUUUCAAGAUUAUCCUUCACAAAGACGGAAUCCAGAAAAGUCGUGGAACAUGAAAUCAAUGAAAGUGGGAACGAAAGAAGGGAUCAUAAUAAAUCCAUUAGUGAUGGGAAGAUGUCACGACUACUAAAGGAAGGCAUCACAACAGUUUUUGAAAAUGUCUACAACUACAAUAAGUCCCAAAAAGAAAAGCCAGAUAUAUGUACAUACAUACAUGUAGUAAACCAACAGAUUGACAUAAUAAAACUUAAAGAUGAAACAAUUAAAUACAUUUUGUUUAAGGAGGGUG